CUGCAGGCGCUGCGGAGCUCGGGCGUGGCCUUCCGCAAGAUCCUGUCUCACUUUCCCGAGGAGCUGAGCCUGGCUUUUGCCUACGGCUCCGGGGUGUACCGCCAGGCGGGGCCCAGCUCAGACCAGAAGAAUGGCAUGCUGGACUUCGUGUUCACAGUAGAUGACCCUGUUGCAUGGCAUUCAAAGAACCUGAAGAGAAAUUGGAGCCACUACUCUUUCUUAAAAGUUUUCGGGCCCAAGAUGAUCACAUCCAUACAGAAUAACUAUGGUGCUGGAGUUUACUACAACUCACUGAUCAUGUGUGAUGGUAGGCUUAUCAAAUAUGGGGUUAUUAGCACUAGUAUUCUGAUUGAAGAUCUCCUCAACUGGAAUAACUUAUAUGUUGCUGGACGACUCCAAAAACCGGUGAAAAUUGUAGCAAUGAAUGAGAGUCCCACUCUUAGAUCAGCCCUCGACAAAAAUUUGAAGAGUGCUGUGACCGCUGCUUUCCUCAUGCUCCCCGAGAGCUUUUCUGAAGAAGACCUCUUUAUAGAGAUUGCCGGACUCUCCUAUUCAGGUGACUUUCGGAUGGUGGUUGGAGAGGAUAAGACAAAAGUGUUGAAUAUUGUGAAGCCCAACAUAGCCCACUUUCGUGAGCUCUAUGGCAGCAUACUACAGGAGAAUCCCCAAGUGGUUUAUAAAACCCAGCAAGGCAGACUGGAGAUAGAUAAAAGCCCAGAAGGACAAUUUACUCAGCUAAUGACAUUGCCUAAAACCUUACAGCAACAGAUAAAUCAUAUUAUGGACCCUCCUGGAAAAAACAGAGAUGUGGAAGAAACUUUAUUCCAAGUUGCUCAUGAUCCCGACUGUGGAGAUGUGGUACGACUAGGGCUUUCAGCAAUCGUGAGACCUUCUAGUAUAAGACAGAGUACCAAAGGCAUUUUUACUGCUGAAUUCCCUGCUGCAGUCUUUGAGACUGUCUCGCAGGCAGCACUAUCAAAGGGAGAGUGUUUUCAGCCCAGGGAGGUCCCUGUCCACGAGCGGCAAAAAGUGACUACAUGGUGACACUCGUCUGCUUUAUGCAUUGGCCUUAAAUGUUUACGCUCCAAGGAGUCUAUGACUGAAUGCUUUGAAACUGAGCUGGGAGUUAUCACGGUCUGUGCAUUUUCCUCUAGCUGUGACUCAGCACCCUGGGGUUGCUGUGCUGAAUCUUACCGUGUGCAAUUACCUGUAUUCUGCUUGGUCUUUUGGUGGGUUCUUGCUGGAAUUUUUAAAAGCACCUUACGUAAUAAGUUUCCAGUCUCAAUGCUCGAGUGGGUGAGGCUUUCCAGAAUGGUUGCUCCAGGGAGAAAAUUAAAAGGGGUGGAGGCAGGGAAAGGAACUCUGAGUUUCUUGACUAGGUUAUGUCAGGUUAGAAGUAGUCAGCCAGUAGACAAGCCAAGCCAGAGUAUCUAGAAGUAUUUGUUAAUGAUUUUACUGCUACCUUGCCACUGUCUGCAGUAACCUCUUCAAAGGCUCUAGAUGGACUAGGCAGUUUACAGGUAACAGGGUCAGAUAUUUUCAAGAGAUCACUCAACCCAUACCAGGUGCCUCCAGAACUAAUCCUGUUACCUUGUCAGCAUCUUCACCAGAGUGUACCCACCAGGGGUGUACGUAUCAGAC